AUGCUGCUGCGCAAGUACGGACUCGCCGCCGACAACGUCCUGGACGCCACGCUCGUCGACGCCAACGGGGAGCUCGUGGACAAGCAAGCCAUGGGGCCGGACGUGUUCUGGGCCAUCCGCGGGGGCGGCGGCGGCGGGAGCUUCGGCAUCGUGCUGUCGUGGAACGUGAAGCUCGUGCCAGUCCCGCCGACGGUGACGAUGUUCACCGUCCUAAAGUCCGUCCACGAGGGCGCGGUGCGCAUGCUCACCAGAUGGCAGCAGGUCGCUCCGGCUCUCCCCGAGGACAUUUUCAUCACGGUGCGCCUCCAAAAACAGGUGGCUCGCUUCCAGUCCAUGUACCUGGGCACGUGCGACGCGCUGCUGCCGCUGAUGGGCAGCCGCUUCCCGGAGCUCGGCGUGAACCGGACGCACUGCAGGGAGAUGACAUGGAUCCAGUCCGUGCCCUACAUCUACCUGGGCGCCACCGCCGCCGUGGAGGACAUCCUGAACCGGACCACCUCCAGCACCCCCUUCAGCAAGGCUACCUCCGACUACGUCCGGCAGGCCAUCGCCGAGGACGUGUGGGCGGAGAUCUUCGCCCGGUUCGCCAAGCCGGAGGCCGGGCUGAUGAUCAUGGACCCCUACGGCGCCAAGAUGAGCAGCCUCCCGGAGACGGCGACGCCGUUCCCGCACCGCGGCGGCGUGCUGUACAACAUCCAGUACAUGAACUUCUGGUUCGCCGCCACGGACGGGUCGGCGCAGACGAGGUGGCUCAGAGACAUGUACGCGUUCAUGGAGCCGUACGUGAGCAAGAACCCCAGGGGUGCGUACGUGAACUACAGGGACCUCGACCUCGGUCAGAAUGUCGUUGUGGGCAACGUGACCAGCUACCAGGCCGGUAGAGUUUGGGGCGAGAAGUACUACGGAGGUAACUUCCAGAGGCUUGCCAUGGCCAAGGCCAUGGCGGAUCCUGACGACUACUUCAGGAACGAGCAAAGCAUCCCACCAUUCAGCGAGUGA